UGCGUCUUCCUCUCGCCGAGCGCGCUCUCGCAGCUCGACGCGCUCGCCGCCUUCCGCUACGAGCACACCUUCCCCCACGGCAGCCUCACAGUGCGGGCCCUCACCCCGACCGACGACGCCGAGGCCGAGCUGCUCGUCCGCCUCCUCGCUUCCUCCUUCUCCGAGGACGUCAGAUGGGCCCCCGCGCAGCGCUACGCCCAGCUCCUCGCCUUCGUCAUCCGCCGCUACCUCUACGAGCGCCGCGGCCUCGCGCCCCACGCUGCCGUCCUAGUGGGUUUCUACAAGCCCGCCGCCGCGGAAGAAGGGGGGGAGGGCGAGGUCGACGGGGAUGAGGGAGAGAUGGCGUGCACCGCCGAGGUGUCGCUGGACGCGGUGGGCGCCCCGGGGGCACCGCCCACGCCAACGCCGCCGCUCGAGUUCCCUUACAUCUGCAACAUGACCGUGAAGACCUCGUUGAGGAGGAGAGGAAUUGGAAAACAACUUCUUAAGGCAUGUGAGGAUCUGGUUGUCAAGAUGGAUGCCAAAACGCGUGUAUAUCUUCAUUGUAGAAUAAUUGAUGAAGUGCCGUUCAACAUGUACAUAAAAGCAGGAUACGACAUUGUUCAGACUGACAGUAUCCUUGUUUGGCUGAGCCUCCAGAAGCGCAAGCACUUGAUGCGCAAGGAAUUACCGCAAGUUUCUGUUGGUAGUGAUGUACAACCUUAGAAUUUUGAGGGGCUGAACAUGCCAUAGCACCAUCAGGUAAACAUAAGUUGAAUCUUGUGUGUAAAUCUUAUGCUUCUAGUUAGCCCUAAUUGACAUGUGCAUAUUUACUACUGUAUUCUCCUUGUCAACUGGCUAUGAAAAAUGGUUUUUGUGGAGA